AUGGCUCCUAGCCAAAUCGAUGACAUUUCCCGACAAAUUAAUGGUGUGUGUCCCGUUUACUCCCAUGUUCGGCGACUGCUACUGCAUUGGUGGGCGCAUUUGGAGGUUUGUUUCUUCAGCCGAAACUGGAUCGCUGAAGCGAACUGGAGGUUCACAUGGGCAGCCCUCAGAGGGAAAUUGCACGACAUUCCUGAUCGUGCAGGUAAACAGUAUGAGAAAGGCCAUGAACAUUGCCAACGGAGCCGGAUGUGGCAUUGGCGCGGUUUGAUCCUCUCCCCCUCGUUUGCAGGAAGUGAAGAAGGGGAAGAGAGGCGAUGGGAGGAUUCAAGCCUCAAAAGACGAGUUUCGGGAGGAGUGGCGGAAUCACGCGAAUGCAAUGCGCCAAACAGCCACUGUCCAGCCGGCAUUUGA